GGUUCUUCCGAUGAUAUUAUUGAACAGAUCCUGUCCGUUUCAUCUGUUCUUUCAGCAACGAACCUCCUUAAAACGGUGACAUAUUCCGGCCAAAAAUCGACGCGUCCUACUACGCUCUAUCGUUCCAAUCAGAUCGUUGGCUUACAGGCCCCAUUUGGCCACCACACGUUGUUCGUCCGUGUUUAGUUCCUACGGCACCGUGCUGUGCUGUGCUGACAGUGAAUGUCGCAUCUUCGGAAAACGGGACAACUGAACUUGCCUGUCUUCUCUUCCCCCUCCCCCUACCAUGUCUUCCAAUCCCUCCCGCUCUCGUUCUCGCCGCCAGCCAGUGCAAGGAAUCGAACAAAGCACGCCGGGACCACCGAGAUCACGUUCAGGCGCCAGUAGGCACCAUUCUUCAACACGAUCUGCCGUCCAACGGGCAUCGUCUGCUGCAUCACAAUCUCAGCCCAAGCCUCAAACACAACCUCAACCUCAGCCUCAACCACAGCCAGAGUCUCAACGCACUCGCUCCUCCAAUGUUAUUGCUCAGGGUGUCGCGACGGGCGUGAUUGGUGGUGGAUAUGGUCCUUAUUCCUACAAUCCCACCCAAGCACAGGAUGGUGGAAUGUACACUACCUCCCGUUUUGCCGCACCCCCGGCCGCGCCUCUCGUCCAGACCAGCGCACUGGCCAACACCAACACCACCACUGUUCCCCAGGCUCAAUACGUUUGGGAAAAAGACCCAGACCUUGAUGAUAUUCUCCAUAAUCCCGAUCCCCUCAUGGACGCCCAAAUGGACCACUCCUGCUCUCCCUUCUCCGCCCGCGGCUGGGAGAACGCAAGUGCACUUGUCGUCAUCCUUGUCGGCCUCAUCACUUUAUUCGCUGGUUUCCCCAUCGUCACUUAUUAUACGCGCACCGUCAACAAUGUCUCCGGAUAUAACCUCGGUGGAAUCAAUUCUACUGGCCAGAUACCGGCCCUUCCUGGCCUCCCUAGCCUUAUAGACACAGAUACUCCCACGAGUGCCUAUUCGCGUACAGGCCAUGAUGGGAAGACGUACAACUUGGUGUUCAGUGAUGAAUUCAACACCGAUGGACGUACCUUCUAUCCUGGAGAUGAUCCGUAUUGGGAAGCAGUUGACUUCAACUAUUGGCCUACGGGCGAUCUCGAGUGGUAUGAUCCAAGUGCCGCCAUCACACAGGAUGGUAAGUUGGUGCUCACAAUCUCGGAGGAAAACAUUCACGACCUCAAUUUCAAGAGUGCUAUGGUUACCACAUGGAACAAAUUAUGCUUCACUACCGGUUAUAUCGAAGUUUCGAUCAGUAUGCCUGGUAGUCCCAGAGCAGCAGGUUUAUGGCCUGGUGCAUGGACUAUGGGAAACUUGGGCCGCGCUGGCUACGGCGCCACCACAGAGGGAAUGUGGCCAUACAGCUACGACUCGUGCGACUUGGGCACAUUCCCCAAUCAAACAACAGCAUCCGGCGAACCAGCUGCCGCACUUACCGGCGGGACUGAGGGCUCAUCCAUCAGCUAUCUCCCCGGCCAACGCCUUUCUGCAUGCACAUGCUCGGGAUCAGACCACCCAGGACCCACCACCAGCACGGGCCGUGGCGUCCCCGAAAUUGAUAUCUUGGAAACCGAGAUCGAUACGACUAUCUGGCAAGGCGAAGUUUCGCAGAGUUAUCAAGUUGCCCCAUUCAAUUACCAGUAUCAGUUUGAUAACUCUUCCAGCGUGACGACUAUCUACGAUUCUACGAUAACCCAGUUCAAUACCUACAAGGGUUCUAAUUUGCAGCAGGCAGUGUCGGCGCUGACGUACAUCGAUGACUCGCUCUAUAAUGGAACUGGAUAUGGCACGUAUGGCUAUGAGUGGUAUUCGAAUCCGGAUAGUCGCGAUGAGGGCUAUAUCACUUGGUAUAGUAAUGGUACCGAGUCGUGGACAAUAACUGCUGGAACCAUCGGAGCGGAUUCCACAGUGGAGAUUAGCGAACGACUUAUCCCAGAGGAGCCUCUAUACGUCAUCCUCAACCUGGGCAUGUCGUUCUCGUUCCAGCCCCAGGAUUACAAACACCUGACUUUUCCCAGUUCAAUGUAUAUCGACUACGUGCGGAUAUAUCAACGGUCUGGAACGGAGAAUGGGUUGACGUGUAACCCCCCAAACAGACCUACGACGGAUUAUAUCACAAACCAUGACGGUGCAUACACGGACGCUAAUUAUACGACGUGGGAUGCAGCGGGGUAUACGUUCCCCCGGAAUUCACUUUACGAUGGAUGUUAAUGGAUCUUUAUGUAUCUCUCGUUGUAAUCACACAUGCAUCAGGACAUUCAUUGACGACGGGGCCCCCUCUGGAUUCGAGUCCUGGUGGACUUGGACCCCCAUGCAUGUAUUAAUGGCGUGUGGGGGGGUGCCGGAGGUAUACCGUUCUCUGUCCUUGUUACAUACUAAAAUUAGAUAAUUCUUCUUCGCACACAGUUCCUGUGAUGGGAAUAACAAAGUCCGGAG